AUGAAUGAAUGGAGAAAGGCUGCAGAACUGUUCUCUACCCAUUAUUGCGGAAUGAGUCUCAAUGAGGCGUUACUCGACUUGAAAAAAUACUUCGUGACGCAAAUGAAAAUGGGCGAACUCACCGACUUCAUGUGUGAGACAAUGAUGACACUGGACCAGGCAAGAGAGUUCCGCGACGUCGUGGAAAUAGCAAUUGGGAAGGAAUUGCAGAACAAAGUCAACGCGAUCUCAAAUAUGGUGAAGAUUAUCGAGUUCUAUUCGAUUGACGUCAACAAAGCAAAAGCGAAAAGUCUUGAGUUUUAUUUUGACUUUUUGGUGAAAACAGACGACAUUAGACAACUGUUUCAAGACGUUGGAAUGGCGGAAUGGGCAGUGAGGAAAGCCGGAGAGGAAGAUUGCGCCGAAAUGAGGAGUGGCGGAACGAUGAUUGUGUUUAGGGAUUAUUUUAAGAAUGUCUUUGGAAUCCAUCUCCCUGUAGGAGUGUGUGAGGAGGAACAGCAUAUUUCUCUCUUUUCACUUCGAAAUAACAAUAACACUGGAUAUCUCUUUUUAACACCAAAAAAAGACGUAAAAUUGGCAAGAGUCGUCGAUGGCGCGUUUUGGACUUAUUGUAUCGACGACGUGCUAUAUUUGAGAACUACACGACCUUUUGCAGUGUGUUUUAAGAAUAUUAAUAAGGUCUUCAACGACACGAGUGGACUCAAUGAAUCGCUUUGCAUGGGGACGUCCGAGGGAAUGCUGAAAGAUAUCGUCCUCUUUGAAUCUAAUCAAAAAUGA